CUGGACUAUAAUUCUGCUUUUAACUCUAUACUAAGACAGUGUUUAUUUAACGAGUUAAUCAGCAUCGACACUAACAGCUGGAUAACCAACUGGCUAUGUUCCUACCUGUCUGGAAGAGAACAGUACAUUGUGCUUAGAGGAAAUUGUUCAAAGUCUCUAUUGUCUUAUGAAAGUGUACCAGGAGGAACCGUUUUAUCACCUCUUAUUCUCUCUUUCUUUCUUCAUGAUCCGCCAUUUUCCACAGAAAGCACGUUCGUGAAAUAUGCGGACGAUCUUACUGUUUGUUUGCCGGUCUUUACCUUUUUAUAUCCAAUAGUAAUGAAUGCAUUUUUGUCUCGUAUUGAUUGUUGGUCUGUUGGUAAUGAUCUCACACUUAAUACGUUUAAAUAUCAAGCUGUUACUUUUAGCAUGAGACAUGAACAGCAUCUAAACACCAUUUUGGGGUCUCCUAAUGCUUGUGCUAUUAGAAACUUUCGUAAACACAGUGUCGAAGGUCAAUUAUCUAGGUGUUACCUUUUCUUCUGAUCUCUUUUGAUCUCCUCACGUUUUACUGUUGUCGAUGAAAAUUUUUUGUCUGACUUGCCACAUAAAAAGGCUUCAGGCUUUUGGGAUUACUCGUUAUUUAAUCUUGCGAUUUGUAGAUUCCUGCAUAUUACUUAUUGUUCUUUACUUUUCUCCAUUAUUCUUUCCCGGACUUUUGAGAAAAGACUUUGCUGUAUUGAGGAUAGUGUUGAAGGCAGUUAGCAAGGUUUGUGGCGAAUCUUUCGAGGUCAUUAUUAAUAUGGUUAAGGAUAGACAUCUAAUGUCAUGCAAACUUUUGGCAGGUGUUGUCUUAACACACACUAGCCAUCCCCUUCACUCAUAUCUUUCUCCUUGUAUAUCUUCUGGUAGAACGAGACGUCAAUACAUUGAAAUCCAUGUAAGCAAGAAAAAGUAUGAAAGUUCUAUAAUACCUUACCUAGCAAAUAUUUUCUGUGAAAAACAGGUUAUUAAAGUUAGCUUUUUCAAUAACCUGCAUUCUUAACAUGUCUCUAAUUUGGAAAGUUGUACAGUUUUUCAUAUUUUCUAACCUUUUUCCUGUUCUUUUUUGUCGUUCUUAUUUUUUGUAGUUUUUUUGUUAAAGAAACAUGUUGAAGUACCUUGUGCUGAGAAUUCUAUAUUGUACCAAAAUAUAAUAUUGAAUAAAGCCAUUAAUAUUAAUAAUAAAGUUAAAUGAAUCCAGUGGGUGUGUUAACUUAGCAACUCAUGCUGCUAUUAAAAAGGGAAUCCUUCAGAAAUACCUCAAUCUUCAGUGUUCCAAUGUGCUCAUUUGUAGACACAAAAAAGAACUAUACAGAAUGUCACAAAACUUUAAAGCAAGGGAAACAAUUUUCAAAGCACUUCAUUUCAGAAUGGUCAGACAAUGAAGAAAUGUAUUCAGAUUGUUAUGAACAAGUGACUAAGCAGAAAUGCUUGUAUUAUGUACAUAAAUUGUUGAUACUUUUAGAAAUAUUAACUGUGAGCAUUACAUUUUUGAGUCCUUUCCUAAUACUGACUUUACCAAACAUUCAUCCAUCUUGGUGGUUUUCACUGCUUUCAUCUUCAGCUCCGCCAUCAACCCCAUCAAUAUCACCAAGGAGGGUUAUGCACAUACGCAGUAAAAUAAAUGCAAAUUCUGUGAUUUCUCGUCGAAUGAAUACAAGAGCUGAAGUUUACUAUGAAGUGAAAAUUAUUGAGAUAUGUACAAAACUAUUUUUAUUAUCUUUGUGUUCGGGUUAUAUAUACGCAACACGGUUUAAAGAACUAUUAUUUUGCAUGCAAAAUAGAAAAACAUUCAUAUCAUAUUCACGUCUAACUGGGUACAAACGAUACAAACAAUCAGAAAUGACGAAAACUGUAUCUUCUUCAGUUAACUUAAGUUGGCCACAAAGCAAAACGAAGCAAAGUUUGGCCUUUAAUUUUUUUAUUGAUUCAAUAACUGUUAUUGUAACAUUUUCAUUUUGGCUUAUAUUUCUGUCACACUGGAAAUCAGAUAAAAACGUUAUGACUUUUUUUAGUGAUAGUAAUGAAAUUUUAAGUUACAAAUCAAAUCCAUGCGGUUACCUUCAACGCACAACGCAGCUAACAAAUCCAUUCGGUCAUCGAGAUCACAGUGGAAAGAAUUCAUGUGACGAAGCGAAAAAAGUAUACAUUGACCAACAGUUAAACAAGCUCAAAACAAUCGCUUUAGACCUAUCUAUAGAUUUUGUGAAUGUACACUUAUCCAUACAGUUAACUGCUAUACUCCUUAUAAAUUUCAAAACAAUUUUAGAUUGGUUAUCGUGUAAAUAUAAUGUACAUGUGGUACGUGCACAAGAUGGUUUUUCACGUAAUUACAAAAUCGGUUCAGUCAACUUGAAAUCCAUAGCUAAUUAUAUUAUAAAAAACGCAUUAGUUGAUUUUAAGCCUUAUGAUCCAUUAAUUGUACGUCAGAAACGAAAUUCCAGAUGUAAUCAAUCCAUAUAUUCUGACUGUAUUCGAAAUACAAUUAACAGUACUAGUAGUUGUAAAAAAUUACGAAAUAUGGCAAAAAGUGAAUAUGAAGAAAUGAAAAUACUCAAACCGAAACUAACAAGUUCGACACAAGCUAAAACUUACUCUCAUCCUACACAAUUUAUUAAAGCAUUACAUAAUAAUAAUCCGUUACGUUUUCGAUAUAACAGAAAUAGUACUGUUUCUGCUACUGCUAUUUCUGGUCUUACAGAUAAUUCCAUUAGUAAAACAGAUUUGAAUGGUGCUGAAUCAAUCGUUGAUAAUGAAUAUGCAGAGGAAAAUUCACGAAAAUCUUGUGAAACAUUUGAUUUUUUUAAAAUGCCUGAUAUUUAUGAAUUAAAUGUUCAGGCUGCUAAAAGACUAAAAAGUGAGAUUAGUUACCUAAAAUAUAAACGAAAAUGUCAGAUACGACUAACUACAUUGAUCAAUAAUUUAUUCAAUGCUGUGUAUACCAAAUCAGAUUUUGCAUUGAAUUCAGUUGAUUCCUCAUCAGAGAAUCAGUUAGAAAAAUCAAGUGAAUAUGUAUUUCAAAAGCUGUUUGGCCCAGUAAGUAAAUAUUUACGUCUUACUAAACAACACACUUAUCACACCAGAGGUAUGAUAUUGAAUCGACUUAGGAUCUAUUUACAAUACAAUAUGUCAGCUGAAUCAUUUCUCAGUAUCUACUUUAAUCCACCAAAUGAACUAUUUCACCUACAAUGCUAUCAUCAUCAAUGUGAUGAUAAAGUUAAUAAUCCUAGGAAUAGAAAUAUUAAUCAGAAUUAUAGAUACAAAAUAUGUCAAAAUGAUACUAACCUUUUGAAAUUCGCGAAAACAUCCUCAACAGAAAGAAGUGGGAAUAAUACAUUGAAACAAUCAGGUAGAAAUCAAAUCAUUAAAAAUGAGUUUAAUUCAAACACGAAAGUAUUCCAAACAUGGAAAUUAAGAUUAUGUGAUCCAUUAAUUAAUUCUUCAGUUUAUGAUGGCUUUCGAUUUGAAUUAGUUCGUUCGAAUGUAAGACUAUUUUGUGUUGUUAAACAAUUUUCGAUGCUUCAGUUGGUCAAGGCGAAUUUACCGAUUUGGUGGUCAGGUAUUACAUACGAGCAUAAUAAUAUUAUGUUACCACCGUCUACAGUCGAAACGUGCAUUGGAAGUUCAGAGAAUACGGCUGAAAUAAGGCUUUAA